AUGGGAAUUGAAGCUAAAGAUGUUGGUGUGCUCGUUUGGAAAAUCCUCAGAUUUUCGACCAGUACUAUUUGCAGAUACGUGAAGAGAUAUCCAGUUGCUUCUGGUGUUUCGGCGUUUCUAAUCAUCUUGUACACUUUCCUUCCUUGGGUUUUCUAUUUCAUGCCCUUGAUAGCUUGUGCUGUGUUUUAUCUCCGGAAUCAUCUGAGUUCUAAGAUCGGUGAUACCUCGGAGGAGGAGGAAAGCAAAACGGAUCGUGGGUUAACCUCGAUUUCACGAGAAGGCUCUGUUUUGGAUGAGGGAAGAAAGGAGAAGGCUGAGUUAAAGCACCAACGAAGUGUUCGACGAAAUGCCAGAAGGAAAGUUGAGGAGGUUGGGAAAGAUUGGGACUCGUCUCAAGCUAGCGAGGAUGAGAGAGGAAAAGUUAUUCUCACAACUCUCUACGGAGAGUUAUUACCGGAGACGAUCUCUCCGGAUCUGGAGACUUUCAAGAGAGAGAGGACAUUGCUUGUACCAGAAGAAAGCUCUUUAGAAUCUGACCUUGGAAACAACGGAGAUUUUGUUGUUUUAGAUCCAUUAGAGAGGGUUACAAGUGUCGGUGGUGGUGGUGAAAAUGAAGUAGAAUGUUCAUCGGAGGAAGAAGAAAAAGAAAGCGGUGAAGAUAGAAGCGAGGUUGUAAUAGCGUGGACAGAGGAUGACCAGAAGAAUUUGAUGGAUCUUGGGACAUCUGAGAUGGAACGAAAUAAGAGGCUUGCGAAUUUGAUUUCUAGAAGAAGAUCAAGGAGAUUGUUCUUACUUGCAGCUGAGAGAAGCCUGAUGGAUAGGGAUGUUCCUCGGAUUUGUGUCACUCGAAACUUUUAUGGUUUUGAUAAAGAAAAUUAUGAAAUCGAUGGACUUCUCAUGCCUGGCUCUGCACCUUCCGUUUUGUUACCAAGAAGAAACCCAUUCGACCUUCCUUACGAUCCACAUGAAGAGAAGCCGAACCUGACUGGAGAUAGUUUCCAGCAAGAGUUUGCAGAGGCUAACCCGAAAGACAUCUUCUUAUGCCGCCAUGAGAGCUUCCAUCACAGAAUUUUCCCAUCAGAAUCUCAAAAGGAUUCUAAAUUUCCGUCUUUGUGGCGAAAGACAGUUGAUGGUAGGCCUAAGCCACUGCAAGGUAGCAACGAUCAACUUCCUCUCAUGAAAGAAAAAGAUCUCACAAUAGGAAAAGGAGAUGAUAUGGAGGCAGGGGAGGUACGGAUAGAGACGGAUUCCAUCAGAAACGAUGAUAGUGACUCAAACACAUCGCUUUCUCCGCGAGAAAGAGAGAAGGAUUUCAAUGUAUCGGACCAAUCAGAUGCUUCUGAAACUAUCAGCAGACGAAAUGACCAUGUUGGAAAAACUCUUGUGGGUUUAGUGCCUAGAAGCAGUGGUUCGAGUUCGCUAGCAACCGCGAGGCAAAGAUACAUGGAGCAUUUUGGUUAUAGCACAAGAAAAUGUCAUAUGGUGUCACAUUCCGUUGACUCUGAUCUUCAAGUUGAAGUUUCUGAACUCGGAUCACCUCCCACUUCAGUUGAUGGGAAUGACUCCUCUGAUAAUGAGAGAUCUUUGUUUAUUUAUGAAUCGGAAACUGGAAAGGAAAUGGGAUUUAAUGGUGGGGAAUCUGAUAUGUUACCUGUGGGAAAAGUUGAUCAAGAUCUAGAUAAUACUUAUUCGUUAGCAUCUCCAGAAAUUGAAGAAGCAAGAAAAUUGGAGCACAUGGUUCCUCACCUUGAUGAAGUUUUCUCCAAAAGAGCAGAGGAGUUAGAGAAACUUCCCGAAAACACAGCUGAUGAGAUAAAGAUAAGUUAUGACUCUGACGAACCUGAACCAUUAGAGAGGACUGAUCAGGAAUCUGAAGAACCUUGUGAGAGAAAUGAUGGAGAAGAGAUGCAACAGCUCGGGGAAGCUGAAGUUUCCGAUGUAAAUCAUGGAGACUCUGAAGAACCGGCAACUUCUCCAAAAUCAGUAUUACCUCUAGCGCAGACUCAUUCUGAGGAUCUGGAUCAUACAUCAGAUGGUCAGCUGCAAAAUGUGGAUCCACCUGCAGAAUCAUCUAAUAAUCAAUUAGAUGGAUCUGAAGAAACAUUCAUCAAUGUUGAGUCUAAAUCUGCAGAGGACCACAUCGAUCCACCGGCUGGAGAACUCAAAAACAAUCAAACCGAUGAUGGAAUUAAUUGA